AGGAAAAAUAUGGUAAAUGCGAAGUCACCGAUAAAGUAUUACUUGCACUGGCCUUCGCGUUCUUCCUCGCCUGCGUGUUUUACAUUUCACAAAAGAGACUGUUCUGAAAGCCUUUUGUAUGUGAUAUUAAUGAAAUGGACUGAUCAUUUACGGUGAUAUCGCGACUGUAACAUAUUGCGCAGGAAUUCUCACGAUAAAUGACAUAGAGAAUGUAUGUACUAUUUAAGAGGAGAAAUCGGGUUGCGCUCGAAAAUGAACCUGGAAUCAGACAAUCCGUUACUAACAGCGAUUACUGCUUACCCAAAUAUCCAAGAGAGCUGAUCGACCAUGCCGUUCACGAUCGAUGCUGUGGCAUCCAGAAGAUCGCUGAAGCUGACGAAACUGUCGCCGUCCUUAUCGAAACUGUGGAAGACGAUUUGCAUGUAUCUGGUUGGGUCGUCCAAUGGGAACAGUUUUUGGCGUAUGCGGGUUUCAAAUCGCCAGGCGUCACACUGUUUGCGCAAUAUCUCCGCCGGCGGACCGUAUCGUCGUCAGUCCCGAAAGGACGGGAAUCUUAGCUGAAAAUAUUUGAGCGAACGUUAAUUCAGAACGCGAUGUCGUGAACUUCUCGCGAAGAAAUGAGAAAGAGAUCUUUCCUUCUAAGUAUUCUCUUGACGCGUGAAAAAUUGGUCGCAAGUUUUGAUACUUUUUUUGUAAUCUUUUCUCGUAAAUUCUUGUAGUAUGUAACGAUUACCGUGCGCGUGUUAGCUCGUUUCAUGUAGUGAAAAGUAAAAAUAAGAAUUCUGAAUA